AUGCCGACAUGUUUAACGCACUUUUGCGCUGAAUGGCGCCGUGCUCGCCGGGUUUUACAGGUUCACAACCUGGAUUUGGAGACAAAGCGCGAACUUUACGGUGUUCUCGCGUCUGACUUGGUUGUCGCAUGCGACGGACCACUAGCAGAAAGGCAUGGUGUUGGAUUCUGGCAUGCAGACUUUGAAGAAUCUGCCGGAGUCCGGAUAUGGCUGCAGCAGACGGGGACGGUUGUGGCAGGAUCCACUGAUGAAGUCGACACAAAUGACGGAGACACAGUUGUAGAUGAAAGCAUUGGCACUGGGAGUCGCUCCAUUAAUUUACGGAGCAAGUCCGGUGCUCUGAGCCUCUUGAAGGGGAUUGCAGGCAGACCUUCUCCCAAGAAGCUCGAUGACCAAGCAUCGACUUAUUCCUGGAGCAUCCAACCACUGAGUGCCAGCAACGCCAAAGUCGUAGCAUCUGGCGAACACAAUCUGCUUUUCCGAAACCCUGACCAUCCCAUGUCACAGUUUCCAAACGAGGCCAACAAGGAUGAGUUCGUGGCUCUGAUGAAGAAGAGCCUCAUGGCUGAAAGCCUCUUUACUGAGGGAGUUGGGCCACAUCACCGAAAUGAUGAGCAGCCAAUAGCAACCACGCAAGAUGCAGAGGAUUUGUUUGAGGCUUUGCUCAUUCACCAGCACAUCUGCCGCCUGACAUCAGGAUCUGUGCUACAGUUGGGGCGUAUUAUGGACGAGCUGGUAAAGCGAUGGAGCAUCCUCACUAAAUUCCGACAGCUUAUCGAACGGGAUACCGCAACGAUCGGUACCUUCAUUCAAACGUAUUUCUUAACUCCUAAAGUCAAGUACAUCGACUCCAAUGAGAUUUAUCAUUUUUUCCGCGGCGGACCUGGCCUGCGAGACGUGAGCGUGGAUGAGGUGCUGUCAUCACUGGACGAGGAUGGAGAUGGGAAAGUGGACUUGCAGGGCAGCCAGCUGGAGUUGAAGCAUGGCUUGGGCCGCAGUGCCAUCAGUGGUACGGUGGAGAAGGUCAGCCCUCCACCUGAAGAUGUGGCGCGCUUGUACCGUGCACUCAGCAGCUCUAGAGCAAGCCGGGAGAUUGGCACAGAGAACCUGUCCCAAAUCCUGCGCCAGCCGCCAUUGGAUAUCCAAUGGGGCGUAGAGGUGCACACCAUCCCGGCUUUGUAUGAUGCUUUGGCAUGCCGGAUGUGCCUCAGCUGGUAA